UCGAGAAAAUAAGCAUGAUCGCCUGCCUGUUAUUUUACGCUCUCUACCCACUGUCACGCUACAUGCUUAGACGAACCACGGUUGUCAAUGGCACGAUGGCAUGUGAUGGUGCUGCUAUCACGAGCAGGGUCUCCGUCAAGUUGGAACAAAUCCUGCCAGACGAGCAGCUCGGCCAAAGCAGUUGGUCGACAAAACACAAGGAGGAAAAGAAGAGUGAACAAUACUCAGUUGAGGAAGACGGGAAGACACGCGAAGCAGAGCAGCUGAUAUGUGUCAGUCAAAAGGACACAAAGAUGGAGGCAGCUUCAAAGACAAGUGAGGCCCAAUAUUCAGCAAAGUCCAGCGACUCAAAGGGAGAAACAGAUAAACAGGAGACACCCAACGAAGAAGUUGGGAAAAUGCACUGUGGGCUUAAGCAACCAAACAUUGAAGAAACUGCAGCUGAGGGCAGUGGCACAAUGGCGUGGUAUGGUGCAGCUGUCACAAGUACGAUGCCAAUCAAGUCUCAAAAAAUCUUGCCGGACCAGCGGCUCGACCAAAGCAGUUGGUCUACAGGACAAAAGGAUGAAAAGAUGAGCAAGCAAUACUUCAUUGAGGGAAACAAUAAGACACCAGAUGCAAAACAGCUGAUAUGUGUCCGUCAGAAGGACACAAAAAUUGAGGCAGCUUUAAAAACGGGUGAGGCACAAUAUUCAGCAAAGGGUGAAAAAGAUAAACAGGAGAUGCCCAAAGAAGAAGUAGGGAAAAAGCCCCGUCCACUUAAGCAACCAGUACAAACUGCAGCUGAGGGCAGUGAGCAGCAUGUCACCUGUCUUAUGGAGACUGUAGCGAAGAUGAAACUUUUAGAAGACUCUGGAAAUGUAGCUGAGUGCAGCAGACAAGAAGCAGAGUGCUGGGAUGAAUAUACUGAUGUAAUGCUGACUGCUCUAACAAAUUCAAACCGGAAGCAGACAUCACUGCUGUCCAGUGCUAAAAAUCACUUUGAUACCCAAAGUGGAUGGCACUUCCCUGUGGGACCUGGCUUAGUGGAUGAAAUCCAUUGCCCACUCUGGCAUUUUCCUGCAAUGAGCUAUUAUCCUUCAGUGGAACGGACGAGGCCCUUUGAAGUAAUGUGGAGAUUAUGGCACGAAAGUUUAACAGAGGACUCCGACACAGAUGUCGCUUUCACAAAGCCCUCCAUGGACUUUACAGUCAUGUCCUACAACAUCUUGGCCCAAGACCUGUUGGAGGCCAACAUGGAGCUGUACACACACUGCCCUCAAGAGGUACUGGAUUGGAGCAACCGCUGCAGCCUGCUUUUGGAGGAAAUACACAGAUGGGCGCCAGAUAUUCUUUGUCUCCAAGAGGUCCAGGAGAACCACUAUCAAACACAACUGUAUCCAGUACUGACUCAGAUGGGCUACAACUGUGUCUACAAGCGGCGCACAGGCAACAAGACAGACGGCUGUGCUACUUGCUAUCGCAGCAGUCGCUUUUCUGAGCUGUCAGUCACACCGAUAGAGUUCUUCAGGCCCCAAACUGAGCUUCUGGACCGACACAACGUGGGCAUACUUGUGGUACUUCGGCCGGUUGUCUACAAGGAGUCCAAGAUCUGGGCGAAGGGCUCGCUACUCUGUGUGGCCAACACACACCUGCUCUUCAAUCCCAGCAGGGGGGAUGUCAAACUGGCUCAGCUGGCCAUAUUGCUGGCCGAGAUCGACAACGUGGUCAAGUUGUGGAGGGCUAAAGGUGAACACUGUAAUGUUAUCAUGUGCGGAGACUUAAAUUCUGUGCCACACAUGCCUCUUUAUCAGCUCAUCACAACUGGGGAGCUCCACUUCCAGGGUCUACCGGCAUGGAUGGUGUCAGGUCAGAAGGAUCUUUCACACAAAGCCACUUGCCACAGACUGUUUGCUCCUCUAUGGCCCGGCUGUCUGGGAAUUUCCGACAGCUGCCAGUAUGUCACUGCCGCUGAGGUGGAUGCAAGCCACAGUCCAGUCACAGAUUUGCUGAGCAGAAAUGAGCCGAAUAUUAGGUUUCAACACAUUAUAAGACAUCAGUUAGACCUGGAGUCCACCUAUAAGCAUACAAUCCCUGACUCUGGUGACUCGGAAGUCACAACCCUACACUCUGAAGGUGCUGCCACUGUCGACUAUAUCUUCUAUUCCCCUGAACGCCUCUCAUAUCAAGCAGCAGGCCAGUUUGGCUGUGAAGGUCUGAAGUUGGUUGGUUGUCUCUCACUGCUAUCUGAGGAUACCUUAUGGUCCAUAGAGGGCCUUCCCAGCUACAUAUUCCCAUCUGAUCAUCUCAGUCUUGUGGCUAAAUUCCGGUUGGACCUGAAAGCAGCAGCGUGUUAAAGACAUGUCCAAGGGAGGCACACCAGAAGGAGCAGCACAAUGAAUUGGAUUGCAGCAUGCAAUCAUGAUGCACAAACUGUUUAAUUCUUUAUAAAAACAGUAAUAACAAAAUAAAAUAAAUUAGUCAAGUUUUUUUUUUUUUUGGGGGGGGGCUUGACAUUUCCAUUAACGGGGAAAGAUGAUUUGAGAUAUAGUUUUUUUUUUAGUUACAAACUUGGUCACAGAAUUAAUUAAACUUGUAUCUCAAAGUGUCAUAGUAUACUGUAGUUCCUCAAAUAGUGUUGUCCAUUUAAAAGAUGAUGAAUGCCUCCCUCCAAUAGACACCUUCUUUGUCCGCUAAAUCGAAAAAAAAAACAAAAACGGGUAGUAACUGCACAAGGAAGGUUUCCUCAAUUUAAGCCUGUCCUGACAAGCCACAUUUUGAUAUAACGAAUGGCGUGAAGAAGAACUAGUUGCCACAGCCGUGUAAUAAUAUGUCAUUACACGCCACACUUGGUUACUACUUUACUUACUGUUUUACAUUUGAUUAUUUUAUAGUCAUGGCCUAGAAUUGCUUUUCAUACAAAUAUUUAUGCUAUGACUUUCAACUGCUUAACUUAGGUCAGAUAGGCUACAGUGUGUUCCAGUCGAAGGAACAUAAUUGUCAAAUACAGAGGACCCCCUGUAAUUCAGUUCAGACUCUGUUGUUCACACGCGGACAUUAAAAAGUCAAUUUGAACUCUUGCUGACCAAAACAGCAGCAGCGAAGGAUUGAAAAAAAGCCUCAGAUUAAUUAACGUGGAGUUUUGCCACAUGGUAAACAAGUUCCCUGCGUAGUAUUACAGAUGAUAUUCAGUUAUGCUAGAUGGUGGCAGCUAAUUUAGCAAGUAGCAGAUAUUUGAACACAAAACGGUGCAGCAACAUAUGUAAACAGACAAUAUAACAGUCCUCACAAGCAUAUAUUCUUUAUCCUCCGUGAAAAAUUACUACUACUGGAGCUUACUAAGUCACUUACAGACCCUUUCCCAAAAAAAUUAAUAUCAUGAAAAAAUUUAUGUAUUUCCAUAAUUCCAUUCAAAAAGUUAAACUUUCAUAAAUUAUAGAUUCAGGACCCACAAUUUAAACAACUUAUUUUUCCAGCUCAUAAAACCCAUGAAAUCAGGAAUUAAAAAAAUUUGAAUACUGUGAAGAAAUCAUUUACUUCUCAGUUUUUGGAGGAAAAAAAAGAGAGAAAUUAGGGUCACAUUAAAUCAAUCAAUAUAUGGUACUUCAAAACGAUAUGUUAAUCUUCAAUACUUGGUUGGGAAUCCCUUUGCUUUAAUCACUGCCUCGAUGCGCCGUGGCAUUGAGGCAAUCAGCCUGUGGCAUUGCCUGGGAGUUAUAGAAGCCCAGAUUUCCUUGAUGCUUGCUGUCAGUUCAGUUGGCAUCAAACUGGGUUUCGGUGCUUCUGGCGGUAUGGGCAGGGGCCAUGUCCUACUGGAAGAUGAAAUCUGCAUCUCCAUACAAAUCCUCAGCAGAAGGAAUAAUGAAGUCCUCUAAAACAUAGACUGUUGCGGUGACCUUGGAUUUAAGAAAGCAGAGUUUACCAACACCUGCACUGGACAUUGCACCCCAAAUCAUGACUGACUGGAUAUUUGACACUGGACCUCAAGCAGCUUGGGUUCUAUUCUUCACCCAUCUUCCUCCAAACCCUUGGACCUUGAUUCCCGAAUGAAAGGCACACUUUCAUCUGAAUAGAGGACCUCGGACCACUGGCCAACAGUCCAGUCCUUCUUCUCCUUAGCACAGUUGAGAGGCUUCCUACAUUGGCUCAGGCUCAGAAGUGGCUUGACCCGAAGAACCCGACAGUUGUAGCCCAUCUCCCAGAUGCGUCUGAAUGUGGUGGUUUUUGAAGCUGCGACUUCCGCCUCAUUCCACUUUUUCUGGAUCUCUGCUAGAUUCUUGAAUCUUCUCUGUUUGAUAAUCAUUUGGUCAUCUCUUUUGCUGGUGCAUCUUAUACUGCCACAUUUUGUACUUCCACUAGACUUUCCAUUGAUAUGCUUGGACACAGCACUGUAUGAACAGCCAGCCUCCUUAGCGAUGAAGUUUUAUGGCUUACCCAUCCUACGGAGGGUAUCAACGAUCAAUGAAAUUUGGGCUGACUUCGUCACAGUAUUCAAAUUUCUUAAAUUACUGAUUUCGUGGGUUUUAUUAGCUGGAAGCCCAAAUUAUGUAGAAAUAAACAAAUAAAUACUUGAAAUUGUUUAAAUUGUGGGCCCUGAAUCUAUAAUUUAUGAAAGUUUUAACUUUUUGAAUGGAAUUAUGGAAAUAAAUGAACUUUUCCAUGAUAUUCUAAUUUUUUGGAAAGUGUCUGUAGUUGUGAAACUCUUCUUCAUCAUGUCUGUAUUACACUACGCUCUGAUGACCAAGGUGGGCCCACCAAAAGGAGCAGCAUACUGUCAAUGGUGUUGAACUCAAACAUUAAAUCAUGAUUCAGAAACUGUUUAAUACUUUACAUUGCAUUUAUGUUAUUACUCUGUUGUUGUUGUUUUUUAGAAAGUGCAAUAC